AUGGAUUCACGUAUCAAUGUCGUCCUGAAGGACGAUAAUGUCUACGAAUCUGACCACGAAGAUGAAAUUGUCGAAAAAAUGGAUAAUGCAUGUACCCUUCCUGCAGAUAUUCCUGCUCCAGAUGUAAAUACCGUAAAUGUUUCACUUCAUUCUCCGGGUAGCGGCAAUGGUCGUGUUCCAACUGCUGAUAAUGGUACUUUUUCAGCUCUAAUAUCUGGAAUUGCAAACCCUACUGGUGCAGCGCCUGGUAUUGGCCAUGUUAGUUCUCCGACACAGCCUAUUUGUGCCGGUAAUGCUCCAUCUCCGGCUCCGGCGGUUGUUAGACCACCCGUUUCGCUAUUUCGUUUUGGAUUUGGCCAACAACCACCAUUGCCACUUCCUGUUAUCGGUCAGAAUGCACUUAAUCUUGUUGCAUGCAUCAACAGAUUUGAACACGAAUAUAUCACGUUACGUCGUUCAAUGGGACAAGACGCAGAUCCAGAAAUUUUGAAACAGUUUGACUCUCACCGACAGGAUGCCGUGUUUCUUGAGCAUAUCACUCGUACUGCUCCGCACACUGAUUCAGAUUUUUUGAGACGCAACCUCAGAACCAUCGCAAUCAACGCUGACGGAUUGUACGACAAGGAUACCAUGGAUCCAAACGCCAACUUAAACAACGGAGAAUACGCUAUUGAAUUUGAAAUUGCUAACGACUCUGAUGAGGAUGAGACUGACUUAAGACAAAACGCAAACAACAAUGUGCCUCCUAAUGAUUCUGGUAGUGAUGACGAUGAUCGACAUUUACGCAUAGGCCCUGACGGACGACCUCAGUUAACGCACAAUCAAGUUCAAAAGACAGCAAGAGAUCUUGUGAAGUGUAUCGAUCAGUACCAACACGAAUAUAUUGAAUCACGCCUUGCUGUGGGAUCGCGUGGCAAUCCUGAAAUCUUACUAGAAUUUGAUGACCUUCGAGACCGUGCACUAAAUAUCGAAAACCUCAGUGUCAGAAAUCCGCUUGAAGAAACAUUCCAAAUGACGGUAGUUUGA